UGCAUGCAAAUCAGCGAGAGCAGAAGCGGUGAUCUCUCGGCGGCGGGACCCUCUGGGGGCUCCCAGGCCAAGUGGUCUGGGGGCCGGGCACCUCGGGUCGGGCCCACCUGAGGGAGAGGCCGAGUUUACAAGCCCGCUUCCCUAACCCUGGUCUGGCUCGGAGUCAAAGAGGGUCCGGGAGAAAGAGCUCGCCGUCCUCGGGAAGGGGGUCACGCCCCUCACCCCUUCCCCCGCCGCUCCCGCCCCCACCUCACUGUCCGUUGUUGGGAAGAGAGGUGUCGGGUUGCCGCCGCGGGGGCUAUAGUUAGCCGCGGACUUUGUUUAUCCGGGACUCCGGGGACAUCGCAGCGCCCGCCCUGACUGGAGCCCUGCGCCUCCGCGCUCCUUCCCGCUCUCCGCCUCCGCCUCCGCCUCCGCCUCCGCUACCUCCAGGCGCGCCCUUGGCCCCUCCCACGCCCCGCCUGGACCCGGGGUCCUGGACCAGGGACCCCCUCCACCGCAGAAGGCGGCCAGCUCUCGUCAAGACUCACCACCGCUGGUCCCACCCUCAUCUGCACCUCGCCCUCCUGAGUCUCCCCUAGGAAUGAUGCUGGCAGCUCUGCUGAUCGCUCUCGGCGGCCUCAGUCUGCACACCCUCUGGCAGGCUCAGGCUGUUCCCAUCCUGCCCCUGGGCCUGGCUCCAGACACCUUUGAUGAUGCCUAUGUGGGCUGCGCGGAGGAGAUGGAGGAGAAGGCAGCCUUUCUGCUAAAAGAGGAGAUGGCCCGCCACGUCCUGCUGCGGGAGUCCUGGGAGGCAGCCCAGGAGGCCUGGGAGCACAGGCGUCGAGGGCUCGCCCUGCCCCCUGGCUUCAAAGCCCAGCAUGGAAUCGCUGUCAUGGUCUACACCAACUCAUCUAACACUCUGUACUGGGAGCUGAACCAGGCCGUGCGGACAGGCGGUGGCUCCCGGGAGUCCUACAUGAGGCACUUCCCUUUCAAGGCUCUGCAUUUCUACCUGACCCGGGCCCUGCAGCUGCUGCGGGACGGUGGGGGCUGCCACAGGGGAUCUGGGGAGGUGGCGUUCCGAGGCAUGGGCACCCUUCGCUUUGAACCCAAGAGGCUGGGGGACUCUAUCCGCUUGGGCCAGUUUUCCUCCAGCUCCCUGGAUGAGGCGGUGGCCCGAAGAUUUGGUAAUGCCACCUUCUUCUCUCUAAGGACUUGCUUUGGGGCCCCUAUCCAUGCCCUGUCUGUCUUCCCCAAGGAGCGUGAGGUGCUGAUCCCCCCAUAUGAAGUCUUCUUGGUCACCAGGUUCUCCCAGGAUGGAGCUCAGAGCCUAGUGACUCUCCAGAGCUAUAAUCAGACCUGCAGCCACUUUAACUGCGCCUAUCUGGGUGGGGAGAAGAAGCGGGGCUGUGUGUCUGUACCAACAGGGGGGCAGCCAGACUCAUCCUCCAAUGGGAACUUCUCUCUGCUCCCCUGGAAGACCCUGCUCUUGGCCCCUGGGGGGUUCCUGCUCUCAGGAGCUGGGCCCUGAAAGUCCAAUGCCUGCCGCUCAGGAGUCCUGGCAACUGGCGACCUUCAUCUGAAGAAGGGGGUUUCGAACAGCCUCGAGAAGCAAAGACACGGUUUCGGACCCAGCCCUAGCAGCCAUCUCCCCAAUCAGGAAGUGGGGGGAUCUGAGGCCAUGGCAGGGUGGAGGGAGGCCCCCUAUGUGGUGGGGACCCCCUGGGACAAGCAAGGGUAGUACUGUGAUGGCUACUUGAUUAAACAGUGUUGCAGUGUGGUGACAUGAAA